GCGUUGCAGGAGAAAGCGAGUGGAGAGAAGAUGGCGCGGUGCGGCUGAGGUCGCGGUGGGGCGGAUCUGGCUCCACCAUCCGCGUCCAUCCUCGUUGCCCGGGCCGUUUCACCCCCUAUCCCGCACGUAGGCGCUCGCCCAGUAACCGCGGGAGUUGGUCAGGGGCCACAUUUGUAAUAAAAUGCCUUGUUUUUAAAACAAAUUGGAGUGGUUGAGGACGAUGCCGCGUGGAGCCAAGAUGCAGCCACGAGGAGCCAAGGGUAAAGAGGAGGCUGCGGAGGAGGAGGCGGGUGCGGCGAACGCGACCGCCGCCGUGGACACGAGCGCCUACAGCGUGGAGGAGCGCCUCGUGGCCAGCGUGUGGGUGCACGAGCGCCGCCACACGGGGGACACUCUCGCAGGCCUGCGCACCCGCUUCGUGGCGCGCUUCGGUCGCGAAGCGGCGCCCACCAAGGCGUCGCUGCUCAAGUGGGAGCGCAAGACGUUCGCCACGGGCUCGGUGCGCGACCUGCCCCGCUGCGGCCGCGCCUCGACGCGUCGCGCCACGUGCGCCGCCGUGGCCGAGUCGGUGCGCCGCUAUCCCGGCAAGUCCACGCGGCAGCGCUCGGCCGAGCUCGGGGUGCCGCGGUCCACCAUGAAGGACCACAUCAAGAAGGACCUGCAGGGGGGGGGGGAGGUGCGGCAGCAGGAGGACCAGCAGAGGCGGCUGCCGGUCUUGUACAGCGGGUCGCCCCAGAGCCGGCUCGAGCCGAACACGGCGGCUCCGGGAGCGGCGGCCGACGAUGUCGGUGAUGGUGGUGGUGCCGGUGAUGCCGAGGGGACUCCGCGUCUAGAUGCGUGAUCGGCCAUCGUUGAGAGAUAAAGUCGAGAUAUCUGACAUCUCAUCCAUCCAGCCGUGAGCGAGCGGAGGCGAGGGGGUGGACAAGGAUGGACGGGCCGAGAGCUGAAAUCAGCAGGAGUCGGGGAAGAGGUGAUGGAGGGGAAGGAAACCCCCACCACCCCUGUGGCUGCUGGGUCCAAAGGAUUUACUCUGGAAGUUUCUGCAUUGAUUAGAUUCUCUGCGAUUUAUGCAAAUGAUAUGGUAACAGUACACACUUGAGGAAUGAGACAUUUUACAAGAGCCUGCAAGUUCUGGUUUCAAUAAAGCCGAUUUUUGUGAA